AUGGCGACAACCGAUACAACCUCCAUCCCUGAAAAGGGAAAUGGGGGAAAUGCCAACAUCCAAAGCAAGGCCGCCCAUCAUGGAAAGCACGCCUACGAGCAUACGAUCAUAGGAAAAGAGACGGCAGUUGGCCCCCAUGGCACCGCACCUGGCAUCUACACCAACCCGGAACCUGGACACCAACCCUCUGUCCCCAACAUAUACACCCCAGCUCCCACACGUGGUAAAAAUAUCAAGCACGUAAAGGAAGAAGUAUCCUCCGUCCCUGAAAAAAGCAUUGGGGGAGAUAACAAAAACCGAAGCAAGGCCGCCCAUCCUGGAAAGCACGCCUACGAGCAGACAAUCAUCGGAAAAGAGGCGGCCGCUGGCCCGUAUGGCACCGCCGCUAGUAUCUACACCAACCCGCAACCUGCCGCGGCCGAGCCUCGAUACCUUCGCGUGGGAGAUCACGUAGUAGUGUAUUCGGGACAGGAAUCAGGAAAAGAUUGCGGCUACCGAGUCGCUGAAGAAGUCAGCAAGGGGUACGAGGAAGACCAUUACUACAGCGACUACGAGAAACCAGAAGAUGUCCACACUUACGAGGGGUUUGAGGAAAAUCAUUCCUCACACGACUACGACAAACCAGAGGAUGUUUACGGGUACAAAGAUCCCGAGGAAGAAAGCUUUGCAUGCAGGGCUAAAGGGCUUGUCGUUGGAAUAUGGAAAAAAUGGAAAUCUAGCAGAGUGUGUUGGUUUGCACUGGGUUGUGGACUUCUGGUCGUAGCAUCAGUUAUCAUCUCUGUCAUCCUGGCAACUCAUAUCGCCCACGGUGGGAGGGUUGCGCUGCAGCAAAAUGUCACGUCGAUGGUUCUGAACCCGCUUCAGGGAUUAUCCAGCUCACCAUGGCAGACCGCGUUCUACGGGGAAAACAACUCUGCAUUUGACGACUUCAAAGUGGUCAACUCGACUCCGACGUUUUUGCCAUCUACAAACAGCAUUGUGACCACCGAGGCCUUAUCAACAACCGUCACAUCUCUGUCAACCACCGACGUGAAUGAGUUCAACGUGGUCGACACGACUCCGACGUAUUUGCCUUCUACAAACAGCAUUGUGACUGCCGAGGCCUUACCAUCAACCGUUACAUCUCUGUCAACCACAGCCCUACGAUGUCAGACUGGAUGGAGCGAAUAUAACAACCGCUGCUACAAGCUCAUGAGAGACAAAACCUGCUGGUCUAAAGCGAAGAAACGAUGUGCAAAACACGACGCACUUCUGGCCACCAUCAAAGACGCGAACGAGAACAGCUUCAUCGCAGAUCUCAUCGUGAAUGGUGGGUGA